AUGGCGGCGACCCUCCUAUCCCACGUCGUCUCCGACCUCUGCAUCGGCAGGCCGAGGGUGCUCACGCUGCUACCGUCCACUACCAUCACGGCCGCGCUCGCCGCGCUACGCACCGCCGGAGCCGACCCGUUCGUCUUCGUGGACGCCGAACCGACCGCCUCCCGCGCGAAGACGACCACGGUGUACGUGAAGGUCAGCGUCGCGGACAUCCUCUGCUACGUCUGCGGCGACGCGGGCAACCUCAGGGACCCCGCAGCCGCGCUCGGCCGCCCCGUGGCUGUGGUCGUCGCGGCCGCCGUUGCUGCCGGCCACGGCGUCACCCACCGAGUCGACCCCCAGACAAGGCUGCUGGACGCCAUUGACGUGCUGCUGACCGACGGCUGCCAAGGCCUGCUCGUCCCUCUCCCCGCGCGCGCCCGCAAGAGGCACCACCAGCACCACCAGGUCCCCUCCUCCGAUGCCGCUGGCGCCGGCGCCUUGGCCACGGCCGACUGCUGCUGCGUGCUGACACGGGAGGACAUCGUCCGCCACCUAUUCGGCUCCAUCUCCCACUUCUCCCCGGUGGCCGCGCUCACCGUGGCCUCGCUCGGCCUCGUCCGCCGCGACGUGCACGCGGUCCACGUCGACGACGACGGGCUCGACGUGAUCCCGCUCCUGCGGAGAGCCGUCUCGGACGGCACGGCCGUGGCCGUCGUCGCCGACGACGACAGCGCGUUGAUCGGCGAGAUCUGCCCCGGCGUGCUCGCCUCGUGCGACGUCGCGACGGUGUCGGCCGCCUUCGCGGCGCUCUCCGCUGGCGACGCUAUGGCGUACAUCGACUGCUCGCUCUCGCACUCGCCGCCGGAGUUCUUGGUCCGCGCCAUCAGAGCCCAGCUCGCCGGAAAGGGACUGGACGCCAUGGCCGGGCUCAUGGAAUGCGCUGGGAAGGACGCUGCCUCCCUUACCUUGACCCCGUCGUCGUCGUUGUCGUCGACAUCAUCCUCCGACGAGGACUCGUCGCCGUUGGGACGCGCACGACGCCCAAGGAGGAUGUCAUCUGGGAGCUUCGGGUGGCGGUCCACGGAGGACGUGGUGGCAUGCCACUCUGGGAGUUCGCUUGUGGCCGUCAUGGCCCAGGCGCUUGCGCACCGUGUAGGGUACAUCUGGGUCGCUGAUGAGACCAGCGGCGCGCUCGUCGGGGUAGUGAGAUUCGCCGACGUCCUCGCCGUACUCCGGGAGCAUCUCCGGCCACAGUCCCAGGUGCUAUGCAGAUAG